AGAGAGUCAUGCCUGUGAGCCCUGGAUCCCUCCAGAUGUCCUGCAAGUCCUCCGCGCUCCUAAACCCCAAGGUCACCCUGCUCCACCUGAGAAGCACGCAGGCCCCACCCCAGUGCCCUCUGCCUGGGGCCGCCUCCUCCCAGCCAGUUCUCCUGUAGCCCCAAAGGAAGACCUACUACCCAGAGCCUCUCCCAGGAUUCAGUAACUAGAGCUGGUGCCCACCUGGGAGAAGAUGGCUGUGUUCAGGCAGCUGGUGCUCCUUCUGUGGAAAAACUACACUCUGCAGAAGCGAAAGGUCCUAGUGACAGUCCUGGAACUCUUCCUGCCAUUGCUGUUUUCUGGGAUCCUGAUUUGGCUUCGCCUGAAGAUUCAGUCAGAAAAUGUGCCCAACGCCACUAUCUACCCCGACCAGUCCAUUCAAGAGCUGCCUCUGUUCUUCACCUUCCCUCCACCGGGAGACACUUGGGAGCUUGCCUACAUCCCUUCCCACAGUGAUGCCGCCAAGACCGUCACCGAGACGGUUCGAAGGGCACUUGUGAUCAACAUGAGAGUCCGUGGUUUUCCCUCCGAGAAAGACUUCGAGGACUACAUUCGGUACGACAACCACUCUUCCAACGUGCUGGCCGCUGUGGUGUUUGAGCACACCUUCAACCAUAGCAAGGAGCCCCUGCCGCUGGCGGUGAAAUAUCACCUACGGUUCAGUUAUACACGAAGAAAUUACAUGUGGACCCAGACAGGCUCCCUUCUCCUGAAAGAGACGGAAGGCUGGCACACCACUUCCCUUUUCCCACUUUUCCCAAACCCAGGACCGAGAGAACCUACAUCCCCUGAUGGUGGAGAACCGGGAUACAUCCGGGAGGGCUUCUUGGCUGUGCAGCAUGCUGUGGACAGGGCCAUCAUGCAGUACCACGCCGAUACCACCACGCGCCAGCUGUUCCAGAAGGUCACAGUGAUUGCAAAGAGAUUCCCAUACCCGCCGUUCAUCGCAGACCCCUUCCUGGUCGCCAUCCAGUACCAGCUGCCCCUGCUGCUCAUGCUGAGCUUCACCUAUACCUCUCUCACCAUCAUCCGGGCUGUUGUGCAGGAGAAAGAGCGGAAGCUGAAGGAGUACAUGCGCAUGAUGGGACUCAGCAGCUGGCUGCACUGGAGUGCCUGGUUCCUCAUGUUCUUCCUCCUCCUUCUCAUCGCUGUCUCCCUCAUGACCCUGCUCUUUUGCGUCAAGGUGAAGAAGGAUGUGGCCGUGCUGUCAAGCAGUGACCCAUCCCUGGUGCUGGCCUUCCUGCUGUGCUUCGCUUCCUCCUCCAUCUCCUUCAGCUUCAUGGUCAGCACCUUCUUCAGUAAAGCCAACAUGGCGGCAGCUAUUGGGGGAUUCCUCUACUUCUUCACAUAUAUCCCAUACUUCUUCGUUGCUCCCCGAUACAACUGGAUGACUCUGAGCCAGAAGCUCUGCUCCUGCCUGCUGUCCAAUGUUGCCAUGGCAAUGGGAGCCCAGCUCAUAGGGAAAUUUGAAGCAAAAGGCACAGGCAUCCAGUGGCGAGACCUCCUAAGUCCUGUCAAUGUGGAUGACGACUUCUGCUUCGGGCAAGUGCUGGGGAUGCUGCUGCUGGACUCUGUGCUCUACGGCCUGGUGACCUGGUACGUGGAGGCCGUCUUCCCAGGGCAGUUCGGUGUGCCCCAGCCCUGGUACUUCUUCGUCAUGCCCUCUUAUUGGUGUGGUAACCCGAGGAUGGUCACAGGGAAGGAGGAAGAAGACAGUGACCCUGAGAAAGCACUCAGGACAGAGUACUUUGAAGCUGAGCCAGAGGACCUGGUAGCCGGGAUCAAGAUCAAGCAUCUGUCCAAGGCCUUCAGAGUGGGGACUAAGGACAAGACAGCCGUCAGAGACCUGAACUUGAACCUGUAUGAGGGGCAGAUCACCGUCCUGCUGGGCCACAAUGGUGCCGGGAAGACCACCACCCUGUCCGUGCUCACAGGUCUCUUUCCCCCUACCAGUGGACGGGCAUAUAUCAAUGGGUAUGAGAUCUCCCAAGACAUGGUCCAGAUCCGGAAGAGCCUGGGUCUGUGCCCACAGCAUGAUGUCCUGUUUGACAACUUGACAGUCGCCGAGCAUCUCUAUUUCUACGCACAGCUGAAGGGCUUAUCACACCAGAAGUGCCCUGAGGAAGUCAAGCAGAUGCUGCACAUCCUCGGCCUGGAGGAAAAGUGGAACUCCCGGAGCAAGUUCCUGAGUGGGGGCACGAAGCGCAAGCUUUCCAUUGGCAUUGCCCUCAUAGGGGGCUCCAAGGUGUUGAUGCUGGAUGAGCCCACCUCAGGCAUGGACGCCAUCUCCAGGAGGGCCAUCUGGGACCUUCUUCAGCAGCAGAAAAGUGACCACACCAUCCUGCUGACCACCCACUUCAUGGACGAGGCCGACCUGCUGGGGGACCGCAUUGCCAUCAUGGCCAAGGGGGAGCUGCAGUGCUGUGGGUCCUCGCUGUUCCUCAAGCAGAAGUACGGUGCAGGCUACCACAUGACGCUGGUGAAGGAGCCACACUGCAACCCUGAAAGCAUCUCCCAGCUGGUUCGCCACCAUGUCCCCAAUGCCACACUGGAAAGCAAUGCUGGGGCUGAGCUGUCCUUCAUUCUUCCCAAGGAGAGCACACACAGGUUCGAAGGUCUUUUUGCUACACUGGAGAAGAAGCAGAAGGAGCUGGGCAUCGCCAGCUUCGGGGCCUCCGUUACCACCAUGGAGGAAGUCUUCCUUCGGGUCGGCAAGCUGGUAGACACCAGCAUGGACAUUCAGGCCAUCCAGCUCCCAGCCCUGCAGUACCAGCACGAGAGGCGGGCAAGCGACUGGGCCGUGGACAGCAACCUGUGUGGAGUGAUGGACCCCACCGAUGGCAUCGGUGCCCUCAUCGAGGAAGAGUGUACCACUGUCAAGCUCAACACUGGGCUUGCCCUGCACUGUCAGCAGUUCUGGGCCAUGUUCCUGAAGAAGGCCGCGUACAGCUGGCGGGAAUGGAAGAUGGUGGUGGCCCAGGUCCUGGUCCCUCUAACCUGCAUCACCCUGGCACUGCUAGCCAUCAACUACUCCUCAGAGAUCUUUGAUGACCCUCCCCUGAAGCUGACCUUGGGCGAGUAUGGCAGAACUGUGGUGCCCUUCUCUGUUCCUGGGACCUCCCGGCUAGAUCAGCAGCUGUCAGAGCAUCUGAAGGACAUGCUGCAGGCAGAGGGGCAGGAGCCCCGCGAGGUGCUCGGUGACCUGGAAGAGUUCCUGAUUUUCAGGGCCUCAGUGGAGGGGGGCGGCUUCAACGAGCGGUGCCUCAUAGCAGCAUCCUUCCGAGAUGUAGGAGAGCAGACGGUCAUCACCACCCUGUUCAACAACCAGGCAUACCACUCCCCAGCCGCUGCCCUGGCUGUCGUAGACAACCUUCUGUUCAAGCUGCUGUGUGGCCCUCAUGCCUCCAUCGUGGUCUCCAACUUCCCCCAGCCUCGAAGUGCCCUGCAGGCCGCCAAGGACCAGUUCAGCGAGGGCCGGAAGGGAUUUGACAUCGCCCUCAACCUGCUCUUUGCCAUGGCUUUCUUGGCCAGCACAUUUUCCAUUCUGGCGGUCAGCGAGAGAGCCGUCCAGGCCAAGCAUGUCCAGUUUGUGAGCGGAGUCCGUGUGGCUACUUUCUGGCUCUCCGCCCUGCUGUGGGACCUCAUCUCCUUCCUUGUCCCCAGUCUGCUGCUGCUGGUGGUGUUCAAAGCCUUUGAUGUGCACGCCUUCACACGGGACGGCCAUGUGGCCGAUACCCUGCUGCUGCUGCUGCUCUAUGGCUGGGCCAUCAUCCCCCUCAUGUACCUGAUGAACUUCUUCUUCUCGGGGGCAGCUACUGCCUACACGAGGCUGACCAUAUUCAACAUCCUGUCGGGCAUUGCCACCUUCCUGAUGGUCACCAUCAUGCGCAUCCCAGCAGUAAAAUUGGAAGAACUUUCCAGAACCCUGGAUCAUGUAUUCCUGGUGCUGCCCAACCACUGUCUGGGGAUGGCAGUCAGCAGCUUCUACGAGAACUACGAGACGCGGAGGUACUGUACCUCCUCUGAGGUCGCCGCACACUACUGCAAGAAGUACAACAUCGAGUACCAAGAGAACUUCUAUGCCUGGAACACCCCAGGGGUUGGCAGGUUUGUGGUCUCCAUGGCAACCUCUGGGUGCACCUACCUCAUCCUGCUCUUCCUCAUUGAGACCAACCUGCUGCGCAGACUGAAGUCCUUCUUCUGUGCCUUCUGGAGGAGGCAGACGUUGACAGAAUUGUACACCCGGAUGUCCGUACUUCCUGAGGACCAAGAUGUGGCAGAUGAGAGGAGUCGCAUCCUGGCCCCCAGCCUGGAUUCCCUGCUUGACACCCCUCUGAUUAUCAAGGAGCUCUCCAAGGUGUAUGAGCAGAGGAUGCCCCUACUGGCGGUGGACAAGAUCUCCCUCGCAGUCCAGAAGGGGGAGUGUUUCGGCCUGCUGGGCUUCAAUGGGGCCGGGAAGACCACGACCUUCAAAAUGCUGACUGGGGAGGAGAGCAUCACUUCUGGGGACGCCUUUGUUGGGGGCCACAGCAUCAGCUCUGACAUCGGGAAGGUGCGGCAGCGGAUCGGCUACUGCCCGCAGUUUGAUGCCCUGCUGGACCACAUGACCGGCCGGGAGAUGCUGGUCAUGUACGCCCGGCUCCGGGGUAUCCCCGAGUGCCACAUCGAUGCCUGUGUAGAGAACACUCUGCGGGGCCUGCUCCUGGAGCCACACGCCAACAAGCUGGUCAGGACAUACAGCGGGGGUAACAAGCGGAAGUUGAGUGCUGGCAUCGCCCUGAUCGGGGAACCUGCCGUCAUCUUCCUGGACGAGCCAUCCACAGGCAUGGACCCCGUGGCCCGGCGCCUGCUCUGGGACACCAUGGCACGAGCCCGCGAGUCCGGCAAGGCCAUCGUCAUCACCUCCCACAGCAUGGAGGAGUGUGAGGCCUUGUGUACCCGGCUGGCCAUCAUGGUGCAAGGUCAGUUCAAGUGCCUGGGCAGCCCCCAGCACCUCAAGAGCAAGUUCGGCAUCGGCUACUCCCUGCGGGCCAAGGUCCGAAGUGAAGGGCAGCGGGAGGCGUUGGAGGAGUUCAAGGCCUUCGUGGACCUGACCUUUCCAGGCAGUGUUCUGGAAGAUGAGCACCAAGGGAUGGUCCAUUACCACCUGCCCAGCCACAACCUCAGCUGGGCAAAGGCCUUCAGUAUUCUGGAGAGAGCCAAGGAGAAGUUCAGCGUGGAUGACUACUCCGUGAGCCAGAUCUCGCUGGAGCAGGUCUUCCUGGGUUUUGCCCACCUGCAGCCGCCCACCGUGGAUGAGGGGCGAUGAGGAGAGGCCGUGUGGCGCAGGUGGGGACGGACAAGCUGUGUGCACUGUGCUUCCUCCCCCUCCAAGUUUAUCUUAUGCUUUCUUUUUAAUCACUUUUUUUCUGUGAUGGAUAUGAAAAAGUCAAGGCAGUAUGCACAGAAUGCACCACAUGUCGGGGCUGCAGCUCCGGAAUCAGCAUGCGAACCUUCACUUCUGAAGGCCCACUCUGGAAGUCACACUCCUAGACCCAUGGUGGCCAGGUGAUUUGUGUGGGUCACCCAGGGGCUUUGGGUAGAGAGCUGUCCCUGUAAGGGAGUACGACUGAGCUGGGGGUUGAGUUUCUCCAAGUACCCAUUAGAGAGAGGACCUGGUGACGUGUCUACAUUGACAUGUGCCAUGGAGCAACCCUGGAGAGGAAACAGGAAGCCAGCCAGGAUGAACUGCAGCAAAGUCCCCAGGCUGCCAAGAACAGACAGGAAAGCUGCAGAUCACCAUCCACGAAGGGAAGGUGCUGGCUGUGACCAGGCGCUGAGGUCUUAAUCUCCAGCACAGCCCUGGAGGCCUCCAGAAAGUGCUGCUCCUUAGGACGUGGAUGCCAGGCCAGGCCAAGCUGACCCCGAGCCAGGCAUCGUCCCAUGAGCACCUUCCAGAAGUAGCCAGCCCAGGGAGGGAAUGCGGCCAAACUUGAAGCACAGUCCUCUGUUCCCAGCACUGCGCCUUCAGGAAGUCACCAGCCCCAGGACAGGCAGGGACCACUACAGGGCCUGGGUGGCUGUCUCUGGAGAAUACACUGACCACAUGUGACUCUGUCGAGAAAAUAAAGGCUGAGGGAACACGA